AAAGGAUCUAAGCUCAGCGAUGAAAAAAAGACGGAACUCGAUGAAUUGGCAAAUUGAUUUGUCAAAGUGAUUCUCAAGGAAUGUGACAAUUAAGUUUUCCGUUUUGGAUUAUUUUGUCAUUCUUCUUUCGUAUUUUCUUUAUGUGAACAAGUGCUGUACUUUCAAAUGUGAUUGUGAUAUAGUGAAAAUUAGUCAAAAAUUGAUCUCUACUUUUUCAGUUAAAAGCAUGUCCUUCUUUAAAAUUUUUUGAAAAUGACUUUGUGACUGGAAACCGGAGGUGAAAAUGCCAAUGAAAAGGAUUUGAAAAAUUUAUUUGAUUUGUGACUGAGCAAAAAAUUAUUAGACGAGAUGAUAAGAUCGGAUUGGAUUGUUUUUGUGAUAUACCUGGGAAUUUUUUUGGGUGUUAAUGGAGAGCAGAGAUUUGUAGAAACUCCUGAUAAUUAUCAGGAAGUCUCAUCAGGAGAUGAUGUUCAACUAAAGUGCAAAGUGCAUGAUAAGAGGGGUCAAUGUAUUUGGCAAAAAGACCGGAAACCUGUUGGAAUGCAUCCGGAUAAAUAUGAAUGGGUUGGAGGUCGUGAUAGUGAUUGCAGUUUGCUUAUAAGAAGAGCAUCUUUGGAUUUUGAUGAUGGAACCUGGGAGUGCCAAGUUACCCCGGGAGAUUUUACUCGUCAGGAUGCUCUUACCUCAUACCCUGCUCGACUUCUUGUAAGAGUGAACCCCAGGAAACCACGGUUGGAGUACAACGGAGCGCUUUUGAACACAGCCCUAAAUUUGAGGGAAGGCCAGGAAGCAACUAUUUCCUGCGUUUCCAGAUACGGAAAUCCGCCAGCCCUCAUAAAGUGGUAUAUUGGCGGAGAUGAAGUGGAACAACUGAGAGAUCAAACAAAUGCAACAGAAGUAGACAAUCCAAAAACUUGGGCUGCCCACAGUCUUUUGAAAAUUCUUGGAAAAAGAGAAAACCAUGGAAUGCCAAUUAGGUGCAUUUCCAUACAUCCUUCGAGUCCAGUUCCUGCAAUUGCAGAAUCACGUUUAGAAAUUCACUAUUCACCGGAAGUGAAGAUAGAAACGAGUCCGCGAAUGUUGGCAGCAGCUUUGGAAGAUUCAGCAAGUUUUAUGAGUCUUAAAUGUAUUGCUGAUUCCAACCCAGUGGCUUCCAUUAAAUGGUUCAAAGAUUCUUCUCCCAUAACUGCACCAAAUAGUGUUAUGGUAGCUCCCUCGACUAACAGGACUUAUCAAAAUAACACUUUGGUUGUAUCUGAAUUGAGAUUCGAACCCGUCAAGAAGAACGAUGCGGGUUUAUAUUCCUGCAAAGCAACCAACGUUAUUGGCGACAGUCCCCCUGCGAAUUACAGAGUGGAUGUUCAGUAUGCGCCAAAGCUUAAAGUGAGCAAACCAAUUUUGAACGGAAGUAUUCCAGAAGUGGUAGAAACUACUUCGCUAGGUGCGACCAUAGAUCCCUUCGAGUGUGCCGAAUAUGACGCAAAUCCGCCUUCGCAAUACAGAUGGGUACAUGUGUUAGGAGGCACACCGGAAAUGAUCGACAACCCAGCUCAGAACAAACACGGCGGUAGAAAACUAAAGCUGGAAAACAUCAUGUGGUCAGACGAGGGCGAGUACAGAUGUGUAGCCUACAAUGUCAUCAAUGGAGUUCGGAGAGAAAUGCCCAGUGAUGAGCGUUUCAUGUUACACGUGAUGGGACCCCCGGAAAUCCAAACCAGACGUACUUCUGGAGACAACGGACUUUAUGAGUCCAUCGGGUGGGCCGGAGAACCAGUGCAUCGAUUAAAGUCAAGGUUUUGCUCAAGGCCACCUCCCCGAUUGGUCGCUUGGCAGUGGGGAAGUUCCCAUAUUAGAGCAGGUGAGACAAUUCAUCCGAAAUACGAAGCACCACCCUUGGAACCAAUACUCGAGAGCAAAACGACAUCUAAUUGCUACUGGGCAAUACUCGAAAUAAAAAAUGUGCAAAAGGAAGACGCGAGGACAUACACCCUUUUGGUAGAAAGCGAAAAGGGUAGAGACUCGACGAAUUUAAAGUUACUCGUCCGAGAUCCUACGGAAAUGCGAGUGCUCGCAGCUGCUGCUGCGGUGGGUUUACUUUUUCUCCUUUUGCUGAUAUCCAUCGGAAUCUAUUGUUUGUGCAGAGUCAAGCACAGGCGGUAUCGACGAGCGCAGGGGGAAGGUAGCAUAGCCGCGGAUGCAUUUUAUAAUACUGCUCCCUCGAUGGAUCAUCAAGGUAAAACGCAUCACGAUUCCACAGAGAAUAAGAAUAAUAAUUUCACAAGAAAGCCGACUACUGACAGUGGGUUGUCUGUGAUGUAUGAUUAUGAUCAGAUCAGCAAACAGACAAGGACAUUGAGCCCAGAAGCCUUAAAGGUCAGAAGGGCUCCUGCAAUUAUGCAGGUUCCCACGAUAGUUUAAAUUCAAAAAUACUAUUUUUCAAAUGUUUUUCUGAAAUCUUUCUAAAAAAUAUAAAAUUUUAUUUGAAGAAGCACUCAUUUUAUAAUUUCUUUCACUCUGGGGUUGCCUGUCCGCGGCAGGGGGAAGCCACACCUCAGUCGAGACAGACGCCGGGAUACGAGUUACAGACUACUUUCUUUUACCUGCAACGGAUGACCCAACCAUUGUUACGUGAUUAGGGCUGUUUGGGAAUACUGAAAUUAUGAAAACAUGGCUCAAUUAAAUUUGAAUUAGUUGAAUCAAUUUCCUUAUAUAAUUAGAAAAAAGCGAAGAAAAAGGUUUAGGAUCAUCGGUCAAUAUUAUCAGUAAUAAAAGUAUAAUAAUUUUCAACUCAACUGGGAUUGAAGUCAUUAACCGAUUUUUAGGAUAUCUUUAAAUUUUCUCAUCAAUACACGAGGAAGCUAAUGUAGCCUAUUGAAAUCAGAUUUAUUAAUAUUUAGCCGAAUUAUAAUUUUUCUCAGUUGGUUCUAAUCCUCUAACGAUGAAUGGAUUAUAAAUCAUAAGGUGGUGGGCCAGCAGCUCCCCAGAAAUUUCAAAGAAAGUUUCAGAAACGCUGUAUUGCGUAACGCUUGUAGGGGGGAGGGUUCGAGAAAAGUUAUGUAACGUUUUAUAAAACGUAAUAAUAAAAGAGCAAAAUAAUAUAAGAAUGCUGGGUAGUGUGACAAAAAUUAUUUGUUGAAAUCUGUUUUUGAAGUAUGUGUAAAAGUUUAGUUGUAUCAGGAUAAAUCGUGAUAUAAAACAUGUAGAUAUCACGUCUGGCCCUCAAAAAGGGUUGAAAGUUUUUAAAAAUUAGAAAAAUAAGAAUUUGUUACCAUGAGUUCCAAAAGUAUUGCAAAUUUUGUAUGUGUGGAGUUUUCACUAAGAAAUAAUAAUAUAAAAUCAUAUAUUAGAAAAAAAUUUUUUUUCAUAUGUUUUAGAAUUUGUUUAAAUAUCAAUAAAAAUUACUUUUCUUUCUUUUUUUUUAACAUGAAUUUUUUUUGACUUAGUUCUUUGGCCACUUUCAAACAGUCAAAGAAUUGAAAAUGAGCAUCAUUAAAAAUUGCAAUUUUUUCCAUUUAGAAGAGUGAAGAUACGUUUUUGUAUUCGAAGCGAGAAUAUAUAUAUAGAAUAUAUUUCAUUUUUGUUUUCAAAUAAAUGUUCCACUAUCUAAAUCUGAAAAAUGGUAAUGUAUUUUUGUUGAUGUUUAAAAAAAUUCUAUCUUGAUCAAAAAUGAGUUUUUCUGAAGUAUGAUUGAUUGAUACAAAAACUUUUAUCUCUUAUGUGGUGGCUGAAAGUGAUUUCCAAAAAGUUUGAAAAAGAAUACAUAGGCUAUCCUGAUAAAAGACCACAAUUUACGUAGUUUUAUUCUUCUCAGUAGAGUAGAAACCUUUUUAUGUAUAGUUAUAGUAGUUAUAGUAGCGUUACAAGGGGUGAGGGAGGGUCCAAAAAGGCAUUACCUAAUGAUUGAAGACUUCUCUGGUAUAAAUUAAAGUAUGAUUCUAAUAAUCAAACAUGAUUUAGAAAAUGUAUUUUUGGAAUAGGAAGGUUAACCCAAAGAUUUUUUUUUAAUUUCUUCGUAGACAGGAUUUUUUAAGUGUUCAAAAAGAUUAAAUUUAAGGAACUUAAGCCGAUGUAGAUAUUAUAUAUUAUGUUCUUAGAUCCAAUAUUUGUUAUCAUAACAAUUGUUUCCACGAAAUAUGUAAAGUCGCUCCGCAAAUCGAAUUAUUUAUUACUCUUGUUGUUUUACUUAGUUUUAAGAUAGACAACGAAGGACUGAAUAUCAGCGAUAAUUAAAAAUAUUGUGUAAGUUUAAUUAUAGUUCGAUUGUAAUUU